CAGUGCAUGGAGUGUAAUGUGUGAGGAAGGAAUUCAAAGGUUGCAAAGAAUUCUACAUAGGAGAGUGCCAAGAGUUUUGCUACAGAGAGCUGAAGAAAUAUUUCCUUCACUGAGAGAAACCAUGAACCUUGCAGAUUCAGUGGAAGCACGAAGUCUCUGUAGUGAGAUACAUGCAGCAUCUUCUCAUGAUGCAAGUCAGGUCAACAGUGUAAAAGCUGAGGAAGUGUCAGAUGCAGAAGAAGAGAAGUAUCCUGUGCCAAUAACAUUUCAAAGAAUAAAGGCUGAACCUGAGAACCUUGCAGAUUCAGUGGAAGCACGAAGUCUCUGUAGUGAGAUACAUCCGGCUUCUUCUCAUGAUGCAAGUCAGGUCAACAGUGUAAAAGCUGAGGAAGUGUCAGAUGCAGAAGAAGAGAAGUGUCCUGUGCCAAUAACAUUUCAAAGAAUAAAGGCUGAACCUGAGAGUACUCUGAAUGACCUUCAACCUGUAUGCAGUGGGGAGCGGCGAUAUUCCUGUGAUGAGUGUGAUAAAUCAUUCACUGAACAGUGUAAUCUGAGGGCUCAUCAGUGCGAGACACAUCAACCCAUACAUAGUGGAGAGCGGCCAUAUUGCUGUGACAUGUGCACUAAGUCAUUCAGUCAGCAGGGUAGUCUGAAGAUACAUCAGCGCAUACAUAGUGGAGAGCGCCCAUUUUGCUGUGAUGUGUGUACUAAGUCAUUCAGUUUUCAGAGUGGUCUGAGGGAGCAUCUACGCAUACAUAGUGGAGAGCGGCCAUUUUGCUGUGAUGUGUGUGCUAAGUCAUUCUGUUUUCAGAGUGGUCUGAGGAAGCAUCUGCGCAUACAUAGUGGAGAGCGGCCGUUUUGCUGUGACGUGUGUACUAAGUCAUUCAGGCAGCAGGGUAGUCUGAAGAGACAUCAACUCUUACACAGUGGAGAGCGUUCGUUUUGCUGUGACAUGUGUACUAAGUCAUUCAGUCACCUGAGUAGUCUGAAGGUACAUCAACGCAUACAUAGUGGAGAGCGCCCAUUUUGCUGUGACGUGUGUAAUAAGUCAUUCAGUGAUCGGCGUUGUCUGAGGAAGCAUCUGUGCAUACAUAGUGGGGAGCAAGCGUAGAGCUGUGUGGUGUG